UGUCGAUACAGCUGGUGCCUGGUGCCAGUGUUGGCCAGUGUCAGUGUGGAACUUUUUGCUGUCCAUGCGUGAUGUGCGAGUCAACUGACCAGUAAUUUUAAGAUCAAUAAGGGCAAUGGGUGCUACGCCGAGUCGCUAUGAAGAUCUUUCCAAGAACGUGCACCUGGGAAGAUUCUGCGGGAAGCAGAGUAUACCUCCGAAUGAUCCAUUCUGGAGUACGUUUCUCUCUUAUAACAUACGACCACCCAUUACGAGGAACGAUCAGAUAGAACUGGAUUCGCGGCUAGACUCGUCGUGCCAACAGUUGCUGGUUAAUAAUUUGGUCACCGGCAACUUUGGUACCCUGAUACAAAUAGCUCUGAUACGCAUCAACGAGCUGCUAGCGCCUGUGCAAAAUCAGAAUAUAAUAUCGGCAUGGCAAACGUACAAUGCAUUGUUUGCUGUGAGAUGUAUUUUGAAGUACCUCAUUGAGAUCGUUGGUGAAGAACAGAUGCUAAAUCACAUUGAAGCACCGCAAACGACAAGCGAAGCACUUCCUACUUAUAGAUUGGCAUUUUUUAUCGAAGCACUGAUAGAACUCAUUACAGAUGUACCUUUAUGUGAAUUUACAUACGUUGUUCACUUGGAGGCGAUCAAUUGUUUACUUGUGCUGCUUUCGGUGCAAUUAUUUUCUCAAACUGCGGCCGAAUACAGCACAGUGUACAGGAUAGCGAUGCACGUGCAUCUGAACCAACAUGCAGCUACUAUGGUGUGUACGCUGUUGCAUAAUUUUAUCCAACAGGAACACGCUCCCCCGGGAUUACUGACACAGCAGUCCGGGGGUAGUAUUGUAUUCAGUAUUGCUGCCGGAUUGUGGAACGUAAUAAGAAUGGGCAUAGGCAGCGGUUCGAAAAAUGUACAGGUUGCACAUAACGGCACUGCUGAGGAAGAAGAGAAAAAACGCGAUACGGAAACUCCGCUCGCUAGUCAAUCUCUAUUACUUCUAUUGGUUCUGACGAAUCACUGUACCGCUACACAGAAUCCAUAUAGAAACGCGCUCUUCUCUUUUAUAGAUAUGCAAGAAGAUCAUACUAUAUCGCAAGGGAACGCAGCUGAUACUUUCAAAUUUAAUCUAAAUAAAUUAUAUAAUACCAUUUGUAAGAUACCAAAUACAGACGAAGUCACGCUUCUGCUCUACAUGCUUUUACAUAGAAACUCGAGUGUGAAACAGGACAUAAUGAGAAGGCCUGAUAUACAACUACUGGUAACUCCAAUACUACAAAUAUUAUAUCAUGCGCCAAACAACACAUCCCAUCAUAUUUAUAUGUCUCUAAUCAUCUUGCUAAUUUUAAGUGAAGAUGAAACGUUUAACAAACGAAUACAUGAAAUUAUACUUAAAAGUGUAACAUGGUACACUGAGAGAUCCAUAAGCGAAAUAUCAUUAGGUGGUCUUUUAAUCCUUGUUGUGAUUCGCACCAUACAAUAUAAUAUGUUUAAAAUGAGAGAUAAAUAUCUUCAUACAAACUGUUUGGCAGCCCUAGCAAACAUGUCUGCCCAGUUCACAUCUUUACACCCUUACGUUAGUCAGAGGUUGUUAAGUCUGUUUGAAACUCUUGCAAAAAAGCAUGCACGGUUAGAAGCAAGAAUUCUAGAGCAAACACAGUCGACAACUCUUCCUGCCAGUGGUAGUAUUGUUCUUAGUACGCAUGUUGAAACGACUAUUAAUGUAACAGUUAGUAAAAGUAAUAAAAAAAAGACCGAGGCUUCCGCUGUUUCUACUGUUACAACCGAAGAUUUGAUUCAAGACUUGACUAUACUUGAGGAGGUCUUACGGAUGGUGCUAGAAAUUAUAAAUAGUUGUUUAACACAUAGACUCGCGCACAAUCCGAAUUUAAUUUAUACUCUCCUGUAUAAAAAAGAUGUCUUUCAACCAUUUAGAACACAUUCUGCUUUCCAAGAUAUUAUACAAAAUAUUGAGUCUGUAAUUAAUUUUUUCUCUUAUAAAUUGGAACAAAAAGAUCAGUCACAAUUAGGCGUUAGUCAAGUAUUAGCUACUAUACGACAAGGAACUUUAGAAUGGCCAAGGGAUCGUUUACGAAAAUUCCCAGAAUUAAAGUUCAAGUAUGUAGAAGAAGAACAACCAGAGGAAUUCUUCAUUCCUUAUGUGUGGAGUGUCGUUUGUCAAGGAGCAUUGUUACAUUGGAAUGCGGAGAACAUAAAAUUAUUUUCUCCCAAUAAUGGCGAAGCAACCAUCAUUGUUUGCUGAUACUGAGAUGAGGCGUGCAUUCUGCUAUAAAUAUUCAAAGCGAUAACAGG